CCUCCUCCUCCUCCUCCCGCCGCCGCCGGAGCCGCUCAGCGCAGCCACCGAGAUGUCGGCCCCCGCCGCCCCCAGCGCCCCUCCCCCCGCCGCGGAAGGGGGCGGGGCCCCAGCCCCUCCCCCCAACCUGACCAGCAACCGGAGGCUGCAGCAGACGCAGGCGCAAGUGGAUGAGGUUGUGGACAUCAUGCGGGUCAAUGUGGACAAGGUCCUGGAGCGGGACCAGAAGCUGUCGGAGCUGGAUGACCGCGCGGACGCUCUCCAGGCCGGAGCCUCCCAGUUCGAGACCAGUGCGGCCAAGCUCAAGCGCAAGUACUGGUGGAAGAACCUCAAGAUGAUGAUCAUCCUGGGGGUGAUCUGCGCCAUCGUCCUCAUCAUCAUCAUUGUGUAUUUGAGCACCUAACAGCAGAGGCCCCGCCCCUUCCCGGAGCCCACCAAUGGGAGCAUCCGGCCCUCGGGGGGGGAGGAGCCUCUCUUGGCCCCGCCCCCUCCACCCCCCCCUUCCC